GCUGGCGAUUAGGGGAGGAAGGGGGGCGGCCGGCCGGGGAGCGCAAAUGGCGUUGAGAUGGUUCAGGGCCCUGCUCAAACUCCAGCCCUGACCACUCACCGGGCGAGGAGGAGGCGCAGGCGGGGGCGGCGGCGGCGGCGGCGGCGGCCCAUCGCGAGGAACUAGUCAGCGCCGGCGGCGCGGACUGGUUGGCCUAGGCCCGGGCCGGCAGCGGGGGAAGUUGCGGGGCAGCCGCCGCCGGCGCUCUCCCCUUCCCCCCUCUCCCGCUCCUCUUUUCCCCGCGGGUUCCUCUGGGCUCGGAGCGGGCGCCGGGCCGCGGAACUCUUCUUCUUCCCUUCUCUCCUGCCUGACCCCCUCUUCCUUGCGCGUCAACCGUCUCCCACCUCGAGCGCGCCAACCGUCCGGCCCCCCUUUUCCGCCCCCCCCCUCGGCCCGCGCGCGCGGGGCCCCAGCGGCCGCCCGGCUCGCGCCGCCCGGGGGCCGCCGGGAAGGCGAGGCGGCGGCGGCAGCCGGAGCUCGGAGUCUCCACCCCGCUCACUCGACACCCAGGGUUGUUUGGAGGAGUUGCAAAUGUGUCUGAAGGCCCGAGGGAGAGGUUGAGACCCACGCGCCUAUGCACAUGUACGUGAGCCCGUGACUAGAAUAUGAAACAGGUGUCAAAAUGACAUCCAGAUUUGGGAAAACAUAUAGCAGGAAAGGGGGAAAUGGCAGCUCUAAAUUUGAUGAAGUGUUUUCCAACAAAAGGACCACCCUUAGUACAAAAUGGGGAGAGACUACCUUUAUGGCUAAAUUAGGCCAGAAGAGGCCUAAUUUAAAUCCAGAUAUACCAGAGAUUCCUAAGAAGCCUAAAGUAGAAGAUGAAAACUCAGAAGAUCCUUUCGGAUUCGAUAGUGAUGAAGAGUCUUUACCAGUUUCUUCAAAGAAUGUGGGCCAGGCUAAGAGUUCUUCCCAGUUGGAGCCUGGUGAAGCUGCUCAUCUGGGAGACUUCUCCUCUGUACUUGAAGCUAACAGCUGUAUUAGUCAACCAAUCACUGAGGACAUUAUUGUGUCAAGCAAGUGCUUACCUUGUGAUAGUACUUGCUUUGGUUUAAAAGAAAAGAGCACAAACCGAAUCUUAGAAGACAGUGAAAACAAAAGUAGUGCAAAACUAUUAACUAGAGAUAAAGUGCAGAAUUUUAACGACAAUGAAAAGAACAGUCACUUUAUUUACAAACAUAUUGAAAGUGGUAAUAAACAAUCUAACCUUGAAACUACAGCCAUUUCUGGAAUCAAAAUUGAAACCAAGGAUUCAUAUGAUACUUGGGAUUCCCAAAUUGGGAAAAGGUCAGACUCUCCAUCAGAAAUGUCUCAGACCAAGGUAUCCCUACGAACUGGUUUAUAUGAAUGGGAUGAUGUUGCAGAUAACAAACCAGGAGAUUUUAUUUUACGUUUCGGUAGUGAUCAUCCUUUAGAGAUAAAGAAUAAAGAGGAGUUUACAGGUAAAGAUGAAAUGGGAAAUCUACAAGAAGCCAUUAAUGAAGACCUUCUCCAGAGUGUUCUCAGGCCAAGCAACUGCAGGACGUACUGUAGGUCCGGCAAAGCAAAAUCAUCACAAGGGGCAUCACACUUUGAUAAGCUAAUGGAUGGCACUAGUCAUUCUUUAGCCAAAGCAAAUAAUGAAUCAAAUCAAGAUGGUCUGAAUCCAGUUCGGAAAGUUGGUGUAAGUUGUGGGACCAGUUUCAGAGGGACGGUCGGACGGACUAGAGACUACACUGUUCUGCAUCCGUCUUGCCUAUCCGUUUGUAAUGUUACCAUACAGGAUACAAUGGAGCGGAGCAUGGAUGAAUUCACUGCAGCAGCUCCUACGGACUUGGGUGAAGCUGGCCGCCUAAGAAAGAAGGCAGAUAUAACCACCACCAAGACCACCACUAGACAUCGACCCAGCAAUACCAAAUCCAAAAAGGAUGUUAAACUUGAAUUUUUUGGGUUUGAAGACAAUGAUGAGGCAAAAGUUGAUGAAGGAGGUUCUGGAAGUUCUAAUUACAAAAUUAAAUAUUUUGGAUUUGACGAUCUCAGUGAAAGUGAGGAUGAGGAUGAGGAUGACUGGCAAGUAGAAAGAAAAGCAAGCAAAAAAAGAACUAAAUCGGCCCCAUCAGUCUCCUUUCAACCUCCUGCAGAAAGCAAUGAUAAUUAUUCCCAGGAUAGUCAAUCUAAUGCAAAUCCAGCUCUUUUGGACUUUUCAGAGGAUUCACCUGGUGUGCCUGGAAACAUAAAGAAGACCACAAAUAAACAAGGAGAUAAAUCAAAGGAAAACACUAGGAAGAUUUUUAGUGGCCCCAAACGAUCACCUACAAAAGCUGUCUAUAAUGCUAGACAUUGGAAUCAUCCAGAGUCAGAAGAGCUCCCAGCCCCGCCAGUAUUGAAAACUCAGAGUGUCGCAGUGAGGCUUUCUUCAAAGGAGGCAAUUCAGAGAGAUGAUGGAGUUUUUAAGGCUCCUGCACCACCACCCAAAGUAAUAAAAACUGUGACGAUACCUACUCAACCCUACCAAGAAAUAGUAACUGCAUUGAAAUGUAGGAAAGAAGACAAAGAAUUAUACACUGUUGUUCAGCAUGUGAAGCACUUCAACGAUGUAGUGGAAUUUGGUGAAAAUCAGGAGUUCACUGAUGAUAUUGAGUAUUUGUUAAGUGGCUUAAAGAGCACACAGCCUCUAAACACACGUUGCCUUAGUGUUAUUAGCUUGGCCACUAAAUGCGCCAUGCCCGGUUUCCGAAUGCACCUGAGAGCACAUGGGAUGGUAGCCAUGGUUUUUAAAACACUGGAUGAUUCACAGCACCACCAGAAUUUGUCCCUUUGUACAGCAGCUCUUAUGUAUAUACUAAGUAGAGAUCGUUUGAAUAUGGAUCUUGAUAGAGCUAGUCUAGAUCUUAUGAUUCGACUUCUAGAGCUGGAACAAGAUGCUUCAUCAUCAAAGUUAUUGAAUGAAAAGGAUAUGAACAAAAUUAAAGAAAAAAUCCGGCGACUUUGUGAAACUGUACACAACAAACACCUUGAUUUGGAAAACAUUACGACAGGACAUUUAGCAAUGGAGACAUUAUUGUCACUUACUUCAAAGCGAGCAGGAGACUGGUUUAAAGAAGAAUUGCGCCUUUUGGGUGGUCUUGAUCAUAUUGUAGAUAAAGUAAAAGAAUGUGUGGAUCAUUUAAGUAGUGAUGAAGAUGAAGAGAAACUGGUAGCUUCGUUAUGGGGAGCAGAAAGAUGUUUACGGGUUUUAGAGAGUGUAACAGUGCAUAACCCAGAGAAUCAAAGCUACUUGAUAGCAUACAAAGAUUCACAGCUUAUUGUUUCAUCAGCAAAAGCUCUGCAUCAUUGUGAAGAAUUGAUACAGCGAUAUAACCGCGCAGAAAAUAGUAUUUGUUUACCUGAUAGUAAGCCUCUCCCCCACCAGAAUGUAACUAACCAUGUGGGUAAAGCAGUGCAAGACUGUAUGAGGGCCAUCAUUGGUGUGUUACUCAAUUUAACUAAUGAUAAUGAAUGGGGCAGCACCAAAACAGGUGAACAAGAUGGUUUGAUUGGCACAGCAAUGAAUUGUGUGCUUCAGGUUCCAAAGUUCCUACCUCAAGAACAAAGAUUUGAUAUCCGAGUGCUGGGCUUGGGUCUACUAAUAAAUCUAGUAGAAUAUAGUGCUCGGAAUCGGCACUGUCUAGUCAAUAUGGAAACAUCAAGCUCUUUUGACUCCUUCUGUGCCGGAGAAGGAGAUGAUAGUUUAAGGAUAGAUGGACAGAUUCAUGCAGUUCAGGCUUUAGUGCAGUUAUUCCUCGAGCGGGAGCGAGCAGCCCAGUUGGCUGAAAGCCAGACAGACGAACUGAUCAAGGAAGCUCCCACCGCUCAGCAUGAUAAAAGUGGGGAAUGGCAAGAAACGAGUGGAGAGAUUCAGUGGGUUUCUGCUGAAAAGACAGAUAAUAGUGAAGAGAAAGAAAAGAAAGAGGAGGAUGAUGAGGAGCUUGACCUCAAUAAAGCCCUUCAACAUGCUGGUAAACAUAUGGAAGACUGCAUCGUUGCUUCAUACACAGCACUGCUUCUUGGCUGUCUUUGCCAGGAGAGUCCAAUCAAUGUGACUACUGUGAGGGGGUACUUACCUGAAGGGGACUUUUCAAUAAUGACUGAAAUGCUCAAAAAAUUUCUCAGUUUCAUGAAUCUUACCUGUGCUGUUGGAACCACAGGCCAGAAAUCUAUCUCUAGGGUGAUUGAAUACUUGGAACACUGCUAGAUAACUUCAUUUCCGCUGCGGGCACUCACUCCUGCUGGAGCCACCCUUAGACAAAGGAAGAAGUCAUGAAAGAAGUCCUUGAAGAAUACACCAAGAGCAUUCAUCUGUGUCAUUCGUGUUCGGAUUUUAAAGCUACUACCUGGUCUCUUAAUCAUGCAUUCUGCAUUUGCUAAAUGACAGUUACUACAUCAAUCUGCAACUAUCAAAAAUGAGGGGUGAAAGGUUCUGAUGAAAAAAAUUCAGGCUAUUAAUGAUGUAGUGCAGUAUUUAAAUGUCCAUAUUUUGGCAGGAUUUACCCUUGCUCCCUUCUUUUCUUGCUUUGUCCUGGCAAGUAUAAAGGCGAGAAAACUUGCUGCUGAUAAUGCAACUGCUGUGUAUGUUGAGCCACUGUUAUCAUGCCAGCCAGGUGCAAAAGCAGCUUUGCUACUGAGUUAUCAGACAGGUGUUGAAGUACAUUCUGGACAGCAGCAUAACUCCUUUCUUGAGUCUCAUUUGCUUUUGCUUUUUUGUUGAAUGAAUCCAAAAUCAUAAAAUAAAGCUUUUGUGUAAUUUUGUGAUUUUUAACUACUGUCUAUAUUUAAAAUUUGUUGGAAUCCAAAGAGGCAAGAAUUGGAUAGUUUAUUUUUUUACUCUUGACCAGGUUCAAGUUGUUGGACUAUUUUUCAUUUCUAAGACCAUCCUAAACCAUAGAAUACUACAUACCAUAAAAUGUCAUAGUUCUAGACGGCAUGCAAGAAAAUAAGCAAUCCAACAGUUUGAAAAGGAAUAUUAUAUGAAAAUGCAGUAACUCUAAAUGUUGUGCCCUGCUAAGGAUAAAAUGAAAUAUCAUCCCAGGGUAGUUUACACUUAAUUAUAGGUUAAAAAAAUCUUUGAAACACUAUUCUGUUUCAAGGGCGGACUCUAGAUAUAUUUUAUAAUGCGCAGUACAGUAGAUAUAAAGAAGCUAAAACACCAAUGGAAUUCAUGUUUCCAGAUAACAUUUCUAUUAGUAUAUUCUUCUAUAGAAUGGCAAAAUCAAAUGCAUAAACAUAAAGCCUUAAAUUGCUGAUUUAGAGAAGAUCUUUUGUCCAAAGUCUAAUUCAUAGCAAAGCAUGUUUGAAUACUUUCAUCGAACACAAAAUCUCAGAAAAUGCAUUUUACAUAUUUAAGUUUGGAACAUGGCAGUGAUUUCUUGCUUUCAUUAUUAUUCAGACCAAUAAAACUUGAUAGUUUUUUUUCUUUUAAAUUAAGCUGGUCUCAAAUAUUUGCAGGCUUUCCAGAGAUCUAUUUCAUCAACAUUUUUUAAAUACCUAUAUAGGUAAUUAUAUCAUGUUUCUUCAUUGGAUUUAUAAAACUUGAAGCCAUAAAAAAAAAAAAUAGAGUUCGGUGUGUAUUGGGGAAAAUAGCUGAAAGUCUAAUCUUUUACCAUUUAGACUUUGUUAUUUCCUUGUAUAAAGUUACAAAUCUCUGCUCUUGUAUCAGUGCCAGCUGUAAUUAUUUUGAAUACAGUGGCUGCCUUCUAUGUCUUCCUAUUUUUGAUAAUGCAGAUUGUUGGGGAUUCUAUAAGGAAGUAACUGAUUAGAGGCAAAUCCUGUUUUGCUUGUUUCUUCUUUUUCCUCCCUUUUCUCAUCUAAGAACACAUGCCAGUGUAACUUUGAAAAAAAAAAUGAGGUCAUGUUUGCCCUGGAUAUAAAAAUUUGAGAACAAAUUGAUUUAAAAUAUGUAUAUGAGUAAAUGAUGUUCACAGAUAAAUCAGACAGAUACUUUUUGUCUCUUUUGUUUAAUUUUAGAAUAAUGUUUUUUCAUUGAUCUUUGGAUUUCAGAAAACAUGUAGGCUAAAGUGACUAGUGGCAGAUGGUAAGAAAUAAUGAGAAACUUAGAAAUAAUGAAGAAAAUCAGGGCUAACUCCAUUUCUCUGUUACACUGGUAAUCGUUUUGAAUGGGAAUUGAUUUACCUCAGUGUUUAACAGUUUUUUUUUUAAAUAAUAACCAAUUGUCAAGCACUGAUAGAGAUGCAGAAUUGGAUUGGGGGGGGGGGGAGGGCAAAGUGGUCACCUUUGAACUGCAGUGCGUUUGUGUGUUUGGGACCCUCAGAGACCUCUGCAUUCAAGGGUUCUUGAGGCUGACUUGCAAAUUAACUAAAAUUUUAAAAUAACUUUUUUUCCAUUGUAAAUAUUUCUGUAAAUACUCUCAAUUGGAAAUUAGAACAGUAGAGUACUUUUCUGAAUCCAAUCCUAUUUUUAUUUUAUACAGUAUUUCUCAGCUGUGAUCUUUGGAGCAAAAGCCAACGGCAGGAAAAAAUAGUUUGUACCAGUUUCAUGAAGUAUGUCUUUGGGUUUUUGUAAAUAAUUUUAACUCAAAUAAAAUUGCUACUUUCAAUAUA